GGUUUUCCAUUGAUUUGCUAGUAACAAUUUGCCCCGAUUUUCGGAUAAUUCCCCCGGAUAGUUCCCCAGAUAUCGAGACAUUUGGACCCGAAGUCGAGUUGGUAUGACGUCAUAAAGUAACAGACACGCAGGCUAUUUGAUAAUCGAACUUGAGUUAUAAUGGCGGGCGUGAUCACCUUCAAACCAUUCCGGGCCUUGGCCACCUCCGUGGUCAUUGUCUUCCUCUUCUGCAUUGUCCUCCUCAUGCUGACUAUCAACAACAACGAGAGAAACGCCUCCUAUAGGCGAGUCAAACAAAUAACCAGUACCCUGCCCGAAAACCAGGUGGAGCUCUCCAUCAACAAGAGGUUGGAGCAGAUGUUGCGCGUGCAGGAUGCAAUAGCAGACGAUGUGAAGGUCUUGCCAGUUUUAAAAAAUGAGCACGCCUUUCAUCACUAUGACGAGUCGGAGCGACCGAACAGAAGGACAGUCUCCCCGAGGCAGGCCAGCCAUAAAGACAUAUUGGCCAAGAACCGCGACAUCCUACUUAACCUGCAACACGCGAUGCUCAAACCUGACAACCGCCCUCCAGACUCGGCCUACAACAUCAACAUAACCCUCAGCGACACUAUCUCUCUGGAUCGGAAGAUCAUUGACAGCAGGCCACAGCAAUGUCAAGAAAUUCAGUAUGACAUUAAUACCUUACCCACUGCCAGCAUCAUCAUCCCCUUCCACAACGAGGCCCUGUCUAUGCUCCUGCGCACUGUGCACAGUAUUUUGAACAAUGCCCCUGAUGUCCUUUUGGCUGACGUCAUUCUAGUGGACGAUCAUAGUGUUUAUAGCUAUCUUCAGGAGCAGUUGGUGGAAUACGUGAAAUACUUACCUAAGGUAAAGCUUAUCCGUACUCCAGAGAGGGUCGGCCUGAUCAAAGCUAGGCUGAUGGGGGUCGAGCACGCCCGAGGUGACGUCAUGAUGUUCCAGGAUGCGCACACAGAGUGCAACGUCGGUUGGUUGGAGCCCCUUCUCACGGAGAUCCAGCGAAAUCCAAGAGCUGUGGUUCAACCCCAUAUUGAUCGCAUCGAUCCUAGAUCCAUUGAGUAUAAGAACGACAUGGAGUGGUAUCCGAUCGGAGCAUUCGGAUGGGAUCUGAGGUUUGCCUGGCUUGCUGUGCCCAUUCACGAACAUCGACGGAUCAAGUCGGACCCUGUCAAGUCGACACGGAGUCCGACCUUAGUCGGCUGUGCCCUUGCCGCAGAAAAGGACAACUUCCUCGCUACGGGCGCUUUCGACACUGGCCUUAAAAUCUGGGGUGGGGAAAACCUCGAAUUGUCGUUCAGAACUUGGAUGUGUGGUGGUGAAGUUUUGUCUGUGCCCUGUUCACGUGUUGCACAUGUGUUCAAAGUUCAGACAUACGGGUUCCAAGGAGAAAAGGCCAAGGUCGUCAAGCGGAACUCAAUGCGUGUAGCAGAAGUCUGGAUGGAUGACUACAAGCGAUUCUUCUACGCGGCAACCUCGCAAACGGAAGUACCACUAGAGGAUGCUGGGAAGGAUUCUAUAGAAGAACGAAAGCAACUAAGAGAAAAAAUGCAGUGCAAUAACUUUGAUUGGUACUUAGACAAUGUUUUCCCAGAUUUACAAAGACCUUCGGACGAUGCAACAGUGUAUGGUGACGUCACGAAUACUCACAGUGACGUGUGCCUAAAACCAGACCCAAAAACCAAUUACGUUACCCUCACCGGAGAAUGUUAUACAUUUCGAAUCCAACCUGCCUACGAGUUUUACUUGGACACAAAAUCCCGUCUGAGAUAUCGUAACUUGUGUAUAGACUUUAGUGAUAAUCUUCUGCUAAAAAUAAUGAACUGUGCUGACGUCAACUCUCAACGCAGUUGGUCACUGCGCUCCUCCGGAUCCGCAAAACGAAGCGGGAAAAUAGUUGCUUCUACCGCCGAUGGUGGCGUUGGAAGUGAAUAUUGUUUAGCCCACGUGACGAAUGUCAUUGAGCCGUACAACGGGGAACAAAUGCCACAAAUGAAUACAUGUAAUGAAGAGAGUAAAUUUCAAACCUGGGCAUUUAUGUACCACAUGGACCAGAAUACUCUGAACCUCAAUAAACCACAAUCAGAACUCUAACAUUUCGAAUAA